ACGGUUGUCUAUUGGCAGCUGUGUAAAGGCCUCAACUGGUAACCGCUGUAUAGCACAGACCUGCAUUACGAUAAAGAAAUAGAACGAGGCAUAGUUCAUUGCGUGGAAAUGCGGCUGAACACACCUGGGGCCUGUUUCUGCAUCCUCUUAUUCGUUAGUAUCCAUGGAGAAUUGCCCAACCAACGCGGAAGACCCGAUUUUGCUGUUUGUGGCACCAAGUUCAGCGUUGUGACGAAGGCCAAGGCCGCCCUACUUGCAAGCCGAGCCUUCGAAGCGUGUAUGAAGGAGAUGAUGAACUUGUAUACUCUCAGGGCCCAGAUCAUCCAAAAGGGACUUCUCGCCUUGUGUUACACCGGAAGGUUCUGCUAUGCAAUGCAUGACCCUAAAGGCAUUGACAAAGAUGUGUUUGACAAGGAACUAACAGACUGCAUUGUCCGUGGCGUGAUAGGGGCUACAAAACUGCAUCCGCGCCGCGAAGCAACUCAGGCUCGGCGUACAGAAGUGGACAGACAGACGGCAGGAAGGAGUGGAUGGGGAAAUGGGGUUGUGUACGUCCUGGGCCAGCUUCACAGGGAACUGUGCCGGCAUUCGUCUGGAAAGUCUGCCGAAAAAACACAAGAAAAACCCCCGGCAGCACAGCCGGAACAACUUGAGGCGGAAAAUGUCACCAUCGAGACGGUUGCUGAUCUCCUAAGAAAGUCACAGGUGUCUUAA